CUAGCCCUUUCCCCAAUUCAAGUCUAUCAAACGUCAAUAUCAUGUCUCAUACUAAGACCACGACGGGCCCGCGGACAACGCAAACUCUCUCCCAGAACAGCGACGAAAUCUGGACAAUCGAUGAGUUGAUCAAGCGCCGUGCAUCAGAACUAAAAGACGCUACCCUCCUCGCAUAUCCAAAGGCAGGUCUCACAGAUUACGAGGAGCAUUCAGCAUUCGCGAUAGACAGAUAUGUCGAUGCUGCCGCGGAGGCGCUGCAACGGAGAGGGCUGCAGGUUGUUGAUCCCAACCUCGACCAGGCCCCUGUCGUUGGCAUCGUCGCCCAUUCCAGCUUGCAGUUCAUCAUCACACUCUUGGCUCUAAGUAGAUUGGGCUAUGCGGUCCUACUGCUCUCAACGAGGUUGGCAAGUCCGGCUCUCGGCCGCUUGUUAGGUCUUACCGAAUGCUCCGUGGUUCUCACAACCUCACAUUUUCAUCAGCUCCUGGCAGAGGUGCAAAAUGAGAGGGAGCUAACACUGAUUGAGAUGCUCAAGCAUGAAGACUACUACGGAGUUGAUGCACCCGUCUUCAAGCGAGCCUACGACGCACAUAGAGAGAACCCCAAGCAGGCGGUUAUCAUACACUCCUCUGGCUCAACCGGACUACCGAAACCAAUUUAUCUCACCCAUCGUAGUUGCAUUGCAGCCUUUUCAACGCACCUGGAUAGAAGAGCGCUGAUGUCGCAGCCGCUUUUUCACAGCUUCGGAUUCUACGAAACUUUUCGGUCCAUCUACUCGGGGAAACCCAUGUACUACUUCAACUAUUCUCUACCUAUCACUUCCAAUAAUCUCACGGACACUAUCGAAUAUGUCAAACCAGAACUUCUGUUCUGUGUUCCGUAUAUAUUGAAGCUUCUAGGCGAAACCGAGAAGGGCAUACGAUCUCUUGCCGCCGUUAAUCUUGUUAUGUACGGUGGAAGUGCUUGCCCCGAUGACCUUGGCGAUACCCUUGUGAGGAACGGCGUCAAUCUUGUCGCAAAUUAUGGGGCGACUGAGACGAGUAGGCUCAUGACUUCUGUGCGACCUCCUGGAGACAAGGCUUGGAACUACCUUCGUAUCCUUCCGCAAGUGCAACAGUGGGUUCUCAUGGACGAAAUUGCUCCUGGAAUUCAUGAGUGCGUCGCGCUCGACGGUCUGCGCUCCAAGAGCACCAUCAAUUCCCAAAAUCCUCCAAAUUCUUUCCGAACAAAAGACCUGUUCACCCCUCACCCGGUUCAUCGACACUGGUGGAAGUUCGUUUCACGACUCGAUGAUAGACUGACCUUGGUCAAUGGCGAAAAGGUCCUCCCAAUUCCUAUUGAGGGUCGCAUUCGCCAGGAAGGUCUUGUCAAGGAGGCCGUUGUUUUCGGAGACGGCAAGACGUUCCCUGGCAUAUUGAUUGUCAGGUCUGACACUGCUUCGCAACUGACCCACGCCGACUACUUGGACAAGAUCUGGCCAGCUAUAGAGGAUGCGAACUCUCGCGCCGAGAGCUUCUCCCGCAUUCCAAAGGAGCUGGUUGUGCUGCUUCCUUCAGAAACCACCUAUGCGAGAACCGACAAGGGCACCUUCAUCCGCGCUCAAAUAUACGCGCAAUUUAAAGAUGAGAUAGAUGCUGCAUAUGCAAAUUUCGAAAGCGAUACAGAUACUGGUGGCUCGAUAGCAUUACCGCUGACGGAGCUUGAAAAGUAUCUACUCAAGCGAUUCCGCGAGCACCUGAAUAUCGACCUACCAUCGACUGAGACGGACUUCUUUGCUUACGGUGUCGACAGUCUACAGUGCAUGAAUAUGUGGAGCGUAAUGAAGAAGGAACUUGACUUGGGAGGCAAACAAUCACAGUUGGGCCAGAACAUUCUUUACGAAACUGGGAACAUUGCAAACCUUGCACGGCACUUGCAUGGACUACGUACAGGAGACUCCGAGUCCGCAGAUGACCACGAGAAUGUAAUGAAGGACCUCAUCACCAAGUACUCGUCGAUUAGAAAGUUUGGCGAGAAAGAUCCUUCUCGCAAAGAAGUCGUGGUUCUCACGGGUGUGACUGGAGGUCUGGGUGCCCACAUUCUCGCCCAAUUAGUCCAGAAGCCCAAUGUGUCCGAGGUAUGGUGUCUCGUCCGGGCUUCAUCAGACCACUCCGCGCUGGAGCGAACUUUAAAGAGCCUCUCGUCUCGUGCCAUUCAGUUCACCCUCCCAGAAAUUCGCAAGAUUGUAGCUGUGCCCGCUGAUCUCAGCAAGCCUGAUUUUGGAUUAGGACCGGGAAGACUCGAAGAGCUGCGCUCAAAACUCACUUUGGUAAUCCACAGCGCUUGGGCAGUCAACUUCAACAUUUCAGUACAAAGUUUCGAGGAUCAACACAUCAGAGCUGUUCAGGGAUUCCUCGACUUCUGCCAAUCAACAACACACGGAUCACCUGGACGGUUCCUAUUCUGCUCAUCUGUCUCGUCAGCUGGCGCAACUCCCCGUCCAGGAAAAGUUCUUGAAAAGCAAGUCGACAACAUUGCGCAUGUUCAGGGAACUGGAUACGCGCGAUCGAAGUUUGUCGCUGAACAUAUCGUCAACAACGCUGCAAGAGGUGCUGGUGCGGACGCCCGAGUGUUACGGAUUGGACAAUUGGUUGGCGAUACUAUGGUCGGCGAGUGGAACGUUACGGAAGGCAUUCCUCUCAUGAUACAGACCGCACUUACUCUAGGCGCACUCCCGCAAUUAGAUGAGGAGAUGAGUUGGCUCCCUGUCGACACUGCUGCAAGGAUCAUUCUCGAUUUAGCGUUGGGUAAGGCCGAUCGCUCUGCUGAUCCAGAUCUUGUCUACCACGUUCUCAACCCGAAUCGCUUCCAUUGGACUAGGGACAUGCUUCCUGCUUUGGCUGCGGCAGGCCUCAAAUUCGAGGCGUUGCCCACUGAUCAAUGGAUGGAGAAGCUGCGAAACUCGGAGCGCGAUCCGCUGAAGAAUCCUCCCAUUAAACUAUUAGAUUGGUUCGAGAGCAAAUAUGGACGCAAGGCUUCCACCGCUCCAAAAGGUGUCUUGGAGUACUUGACUGAUGAGACCAAGAAGGACAGCGAGACUUUGAGCAAGGUUUCUGAUGUUACGGAUGAAGUGUAUAUUGCCAAAGUCAUUCAGAGACUGCGAAAGCACUGGGAGUCUUGAGAAUUCUGUUGGGGUAGAGCCGCAUAUUGGUAACUUGCGUCUCUUUGCUUAUUGGAAUGUCAGUAAAGAUACUAUCAAACUAGAUAUAU